CGAUUAAUUUUGAAAGUUUACUUGUUCUAAUCAAAUACGUAAAUAGGUUUCCUUAUUUACGUAAAUCUUGAAUACACUUGCAGUUUUACAGAGAAAGGGCGCUCGUAUUCCCAAACUUAUUCAAGUUAUAUAUUCAUAUAAAUAUGAACGACGACAGCAAAUCUACGAAACCGUUUAAACAAAGAAAAAGCUUUGCAAGUCGAAGGGAUGAAGUAGCAGGAAUUAGAGCAAAAUUUCCUUCAAAAAUUCCAGUGAUUGUCGAGCGUUAUCACAAAGAAAAAGCCCUACCGAUGCUUGAUAAAACUAAGUUUCUUGUGCCACAAGAAUUAACCAUGAGUCAAUUUGUCACAAUUAUUAGGAACCGAAUGUCUCUGGCUCCUACCCAAUCCUUCUAUUUGAUAGUUAACAAUAAAAGUUUAGCUAGCAUGUCUACAACUUUACAGGAGGUUUACAAAGAUGAGAAAGACGAAGAUGGAUUUCUUUACAUGACUUAUGCAUCUCAAGAAAUGUUUGGUUUUUAAAUCUUUUUUUUUUUUUUUCUUUAAUUUUUUUGCUCUUACAAAAAUUAAAAUUCAUACUAUCAACAUGUUGUUCAACAGCUGUUUACACGCCAGCAUGCCAUUAGAGGCGUUAGUGGCGUUAGAUCAAUCAAUUGACUGUAGUAAUAAAAUUUGAUAAUUUAUUUGUUGUCUUUAUUUGUCUUUAUAUAUUUGGAUUUGUUUUAUAGUUUUUUUUUAAGGAAUUUUUUUUUUAAAUUUGUAAUGCAUUUCCACGUUUGAUAUCAUUUUUUGAACUUGAAAUUUUAUUUGGUUUGUGUGAGAUUAUUGCUUUACCUGGUUUAACAUUAGCUUUUUUAAAUUUAAAAGUAAAACAUUUCUUUAAUAGAAAUAUCUUUUUCAUGUGAGCAUUUUUCAUAUAUAUUUUUUAUUAAAAUGACGACUGUAUUAACCAUUAAAAAAAAAAAAGUGGAAUGAUUUUAA